CGGGUUUUCUGGAUUUGUUUGUAUUCCAUCUGCUUUGGGGUUUCUGGCGGUACUACUGACAUGUACCUACCGUAUGCGGAAACCAAUCCAGCUGCAAUCCUGAUAUGCGUGCUGCACCAUUCAGGUAGCACAGCAUGCACUGCAAAAAUCUGCAACGAAACACGAUUCGUCAAUCCUUUCGGGCUGCAUGAAGAAAAAAGUAAAGAAAAAGAAAACCAACGGCAACGGAAAAAAUGAAUUCCUUCCAAUGCAGCAACGAUGAGGGGCAGAGUGAGGGGGCCUCUGACACAUCCAAGUACUACUGUAGAUUCUACCUCCAGGGUACGGGAGGGUUUUUUGUAUGUACCACGGCACAGGAAAAGGAGGCUUGCAAGUGGCUGUCUGAGAUGAAGAUGCGAGUUUCAUGCAAGUGCUUUUUGAGACAUGCAUUUGGAGGGGGGCCUUGCUAAAGAAUGUUUCGUCGGGUGGCCGCCGAAUAAGCUUGGGUCAUUUUUUUCUUGCCCCCUCUUUUCUUCCCUUGUGCCGUCUGUAUGAAAUGAUAGAUGACUAUGUCCAUUUAUGCAGAUCCUUGAGAUGCUACAAAGUUAAUGAUGGUGGAGGAACAAAAGAAGAUUUGAAAUCACAUGACAAAAGGGGCACAGCCAGAAGCCACUUGUCGACGAGAACAAAACUUCAUCUCUAUUUUUGAUAAUACACACAAUAAGAAUUCAAAUUCUGAAG